UCCACCUCUCCUGCCACAAACAUCAGCAUGGUGGUAUCAGCCGGCCCUUGGUCCAGCAAGAAGGCAGAGAUGAACAUUCUAGAAAUCAACGAGAAAUUGCGCCCCCAGCUGGCAGAGAACAAACAGCAGUUCAGAAACCUCAAAGAGAAAUUUUUUGUAACUCAACUGGCCGGCUUCCUGGCCAACGGACAGAAGAAAUACAAGUAUGAAGAGAGCAAAGACCUCAUAAAAUUUAUGCUGAGGCAUGAGGGACAGUUCAAGGAGGAGAAGCUUGCAGAGCAGCUCAAGCAAGCUGAGGAGCUCAGGCAAUAUAAAGUCCUGGUUCACUCUCAGGAAUGAGAGCUGACCCAGUUAAGGGAGAAGUUACGGGAAGGGAGAGAUGCCUCCCGCUCAUUGAAUCAGCAUCUCCAGGCCCUCCUCACUCCGGAUGAGCCAGACAAGUCCCAGGGGCAGGACCUCCAAGAACAGCUGGCUGAGGGGUGUAGACUGGCACAGCAACUUGUCCAAAAGCUCAGCCCAGAAAAUGACGAAGAUGAGGAUGAAGAUGUUCAAGUUGAGGAGGCUGAGAAGGUGCAGAAAUCAUCUCCCCCCAGGGAGGUGCAGAAGGCUGAAGAAAGCAAAGUCCCUGAGGACUCACUGGAGGAAUGUGCCAUCACUUGUUCAAAUAGCCACGGCCCUUGUGACUCCAACCAGCCUCACAAGAACAUCAAAAUCACAUUUGAGGAAGACAAAGUCAACUCAACUCUGGUUGUAGACAGAGAAUCCUCUCAUGAUUAAUGUCAGGAUGCUCUAAACAUUCUCCCAGGAGCUGUAGUGGUUGACAGCCUGGUUCCUAGAACUGAGAGGUGA